AUGAACAGUGUGUGCAUAAAUCAUGGCAAGAGUCCAAAAGAGGCCCUCUACCUCUUCCGACAACAAGAACACGGCACACCCAUUUCGGAGCUCGUCCCCGCAAAGUCACAGAGCAGGGGCACGUUCCUGUCGGAAUUGUCAUCAGCGAAAGAUCCCACUCUCCGAAACAUAGCCGACCGCCUGGAACGACUGGAAGUUUUACUAUCGGGAUCUGCUGAAAGCGGUCAGGUCACCAUAGGUUCAUCCGCAGGUGGUGGCGGUGAAAAGCCUCAGACUCAAAUCCAGGCUCAAUCUAGGACGAAUGUCGAUACAACCAGAACUGCAAAACAACUCCACAACGAGACGACAUGGGAGCUAUUAUUGAAUGAUGAACGAGUUGCCGGGCAUGCGAGCAAUUCGAAUUUCGAAAGGCUACCACAGGAUGGAGAAAACAUUCAUAUGACUCAACCGAAUGACUCCGAAACAGCACCUCUGCAUCUUCAGAAGAGUAUAAAAGCUCAUCACACUCUUCCUCCCCAGGCAGAUCCUUGUGAUCCUUUCGACAAGCUUUCCGAUGUGCUGAAAUUCUACCCUGAUACCCAGCUAGCCCUUCAAUUGUGGAACAUAUACGUCAAGUCGGUCGACCCGGUCCUUAAGAUUCUGCAUGUACCGACUGUCCAGACUACUGUUGUUGCAACCAUUCUGGACCCCCGAUCUGCACAACCUUCAACAGUGGCGCUUACGUUUGCCAUCUAUUAUGCCACCGUCACAGCCCUCGUUCACGAUAGUACCAAUAAUGAACCCAUUCACCUACCCUGCGAGGGGCUAACGCUCUUGAGCCGCUAUAAAGCAUGCUUGGACCAACUUCUCACAGUCAAUGACCUCCUGAUUCACUUUGAAAUGACCUCACUACAGGCUCUCGCAAUUUACGUCACCUGUUUACGGGCCCAUGAAGUCGGCCGGCGGGUAUGGGUCCUCAAUGGUCUGGCCAUCCGCCUCGCCAAAUCAAUUGGCUUGCACCUAGAUGGUGCCUGCCUCCAACUAAGCCUCUUUGAAAGCGAAAUGCGUCUUCGUCUCUGGUGGCAUCUAUGUGUGCUCGAGUCUCGUGCACCGGAGGAUCAAGGUUUUCAACCCACAGUUGAUAUCAUGAACCCGAAAUUGCGGCUUCCCUUGAAUGUGAAUGACGAUCAAAUCUGUCCAGACAUGACACACUUGCCAAUGGAGUCGGAUGGUUGGACGGACAUGUCUUUCUUUCUCAUUCAAACCGAGUCGUGCCGACUACUCCACCCAAUUCUGGAUCCUCGAGACCAGCAUCCUGUAGAUGCUCUCCUUAGUAUCACAGAUAAGCGCAAGAUGAUGAAGCAGCGUGGCGAAUAUUUGUCAGCCAAAUAUGACGGGGCGAAAUCCCCUCUAUCGCGCAUCGCAUAUCAACAUCGCGAGGCCGCUCGCAAGAAACUAGAGUUCGUGCUGCAGCUACAGGAGAUUAGUGUGCGACAGCAACAAGGUGCACCAGAUGACCCGACUUCUGACGUGCUCAGGUCAUCUUUCAAGUUGGCCUGCGAUGGGCUGGAGAUUACCUACGUUUUGUUGAAGGAAGGCCUUGCUUCGAGAUUCAAAUGGUUCUUUAACCUGUAUACGCCGUGGUACGCCCUCGCCUACGUUCUGCGCUGUCUCUGCGGUAACCCUUGUGGGGUUCAGACAGAACGUGCCUGGACUUUGAUCGACGAACUCUUCCCUCGUGCAAUGAGUCUCCAUAGUCAUUCGAUGGGGACUCAGGAUGACUAUGGGCACGGCAGGAUUUGGAGACGUCUCAAUCUGAUGCGACAUCAAGCUUUAUCGCUGAGGCGACAAGUCCAGCUGGGCGUGGCCCGUGCAAAGGUCGGGACCCAGCCGGCGAGCAGUGUUGAGCAGCUUCCUUCGCAGCUUCACCCCGAUCCUAAGAUCCCGCUGCCCACCGGCAUGACAGCAACAGCGGAUGGAACCUCCAUAUUCCCCGAAUUAGGUCAAGAGUUCAUGUCUGAUCCGAAUAUGUUUACAUCUCUGGAUCUAGAGAUGCCUGAAAUUCCAAUUUUACCGGAUUGGGAUGCCAUUUUGUAUGGCCGCCUAUACGAUGAUGGUCACGAGAUAAAUUGA